UCUCUUAAACAAACAUUUGUGUUGAAUCUUUAUAAAGACUCUUUCCUCUCUCAUAUCCAAACUCCUCUUUUACUCUCACAAAAUGGAGCUUGGCUUGAGCUUGGGGGAUGCCUCAAAAUCCCUAGGAUUCCUGAAAGACAACAACUCCUCCUCAAAUCAAGAUCUCACCAAGCCCACCGGCUUCGAUUUCUGCAUGUCUUUGGGGCUUAGCUCCAAGGAAAACGGCGAAGACGAUGAUACAUCGGCGGAGGAUGGAAGCGAUGAUAAUCAAGAGGAAACCGAAACUCCUCUGCAGCUGAAUCUUCUCCCUCUCGCUCCUGUUCCUCGCCUCUGGUCUUCUGAUAAUGGGAGCUCGGAAAAUGGGUCGUCGGGGAAGGGCUUGGACGUGAACCGGACGCCGGCGGCGGAGGAGGCCUCGUCGGCGAACAAGCGCGAAUUCGAGGGCGCCGGCAACGACAACGACGACGACGACGACAACGCGCUCAACACGCGGAAGAAGCUCCGCCUCUCGAAAGAGCAAUCGGCGUUUCUUGAAGAGAGCUUUAAGGAGCACAACACCCUCAAUCCGAAGCAAAAACUGGCGCUGGCGAAGCAGCUGAAUCUGAGAGCGAGGCAGGUGGAGGUGUGGUUCCAGAAUAGAAGAGCAAGAACGAAGCUGAAGCAGACGGAGGUGGAUUGUGAGUACUUGAAGAGAUGCUGCGAAACGCUGACGGAAGAAAACAGGAGACUUCACAAGGAAUUACAAGAGCUGAGAGCUCUCAAGACUUCAAAUCCAUUCUACAUGCAACUCCCCGCCACCACGCUCACCAUGUGCCCUUCGUGUGAGCGCGUGGCCUCCACGACCACCGCCGCCGCCGCCGUAGCGCCGGUCGCCGCUGCAGCGAAGGGGGAAUCGAAUAAUAUCCCGAAGGCUAUUCCGUUUCCGCUGGCGAGGCCGAGAUUUUACCCGUUUCCGCAGGCGGCGGCGGCGGCGCAUCCUAAUCAGCCGGCGGCGUCUUGAUUGUUUAGUGAUGAUUUACUUGUAAAUAUGAAAGGGGCAAAAAAGUAAAUUAGGUCUUGUCUUGUUUUUUUCUUUUUUUUUUUGGUUUUGUGUUUGGUGUUUGGAACGAGGGGUUUUGUUUUGAUUGUUUGAUGGUGAUGAAUCUCUGCAUCUUGAGCAAAUUUUUCAGCUCAUCCUAUGUCGAUUUUGUGGAGAAUACACAAAUUAGUUUGGGACAGUGAAAAAGUAAUUUAAUGAUUUUUUAUUUUCA